AUGCGCGCCGUCUCGCCCUUCGGCCCCUUACUGACCGGGCUGUCUCAGUACCGUGUGCCCAAGAGAGUUCAUAUCGACUUUGAAGACUUCAGCCCUGAUCCCUUCGGCGGCGACCAACACGAGGAAGACGAUGACGAUGACGAAGACGAAGACGAGGACAAUGAGGAGGGUGACGAAGCACUUGACGAGCUGUCCGUAGUAGCAGGACCCGAUAGCGACUUCGAGAUAACAGGAACCGUUGCGCCGGGACACGGCUAUGGCUUUCAGGAAGACGGAUUGGCGGUGGAUGAUUUCCCCGACAUCAUCGGCAACCCGUUCGUUGACGCUGGUAACGACGAGGAUUUUGGGCCUGCUGCCCUGGAGGAUUUGGAUGUCGAGGUCGACGAUGAUGGCCUGGAAAGCUCCAGUACCGAGUCCGACCCCGGUAGUAUCGAGACAGAGACCGACGGCCAACCUAGGCCCCCUCAGAUCUCUUGGUGGAGACUCAACCUCACUUCUCUAUCUCACCACCACAAUCUUUACUUCGCAGCUUACAGAGACCAGAUACAUAUCUCACGACCUCGGAGUUGUGUAUCACAUAGCCUGCCUCCAACUCCCGAUCUGGUUCUGCGGCCGAGACAAAGUCCCGCAGCUAUGCGGGUGGGAGGAACCAUUGACCGUGUCUUCCCACACCAAGUCAACCACCUAAUAGUUGCGGACUUUGGCGAGGAGGAGAUAUUGCUUAUGGCUUAUGACGACGGUGACGUUAUUGGAUACUUCACGCGACACAUCGAACAGGAGAUCAGUCACAAGGAGCAAACAUGGCCAGCCAGACACUCAACAGGGCAUGUACGACCAUUUUUUCACGAAAACGUGGAUAUAUCAGCAUGGGGUCUAGCGGUGCACAAGAAAUCAAGGCUAAUCGCUGUGGGAUCUAAUGCCCACGCUGUCACCCUCUUCGUUCCUGCUUUGACUGGGCCUGAGGUCUCCUUCGCCAAGAACGAUCCAAACCAGUUCUGGCGGACCAGACAACACCCAGGACCUGGAAACAUUACCAUUGCAACAGAGGCAGACUACGUUGACCUGAGCUCGUUAAGCCAAAGGGACGCGAACUGGAAAAUUACUCUAGACACUGCUCCUAUCGGCGACAAUAUCCCAAAUCUAACAUUCAGCAGCGACAAGGAUGGAAAGGCCGAAAAGGUCGUUGCCGUGGAUGUGGCAGGGAACAUCUGGUUGAUGGACAUUUGGAACCCUUAUAUCAACUACGAGAAAAUUCCUGCCAUCCACCGCGCUCGUCCUGGCUCUUUGCCCGGUACUCGUGGAAGACCUAGGGGCUGGGGUGUCUUGGUUCUCCACGAAGACAGCUUCUUACCCACGCAGGAUUUCAAAGACGCCCUCGGAUUGACGAAGGAGGACGCCCGAUUUGCACACCAUCUCAGCAUCGGACGGUGGGUUGAUAUCAGCAGAGGGCACAGGUCCAUGCUGGACAAUCCAACACAGCCUUCCUCACGAAGACCACAGGUACAAAGUCAGAGACAAGACGUGGUGCACCAGGAUCUUGUAGAGAGGGAGUAUUGGUUUCGGCCGUAUAACGAUGGGUCAAGCGAGCUGCCGCGUCGUCGUCGGGAUCCUGAAGUCGAACAUGUGGGAACUACCCUCAGUGAUGGAAGCAGUAUUCUCCGGCUUUACGAGGCAGACAUCGAGCUCCGAUCGCACGAAGAAGACGGACUCAACGUCAUGUGGCAGCAUGCCGUGAAGCAAUUGCAAUACCCAGCCCCGCAUCUGCCUGCUGGUGGAUGGCUCCAAGAAAGACUGAGCAAUAAUCACCAUGUUCCCGAGUUAUCGCUGGUGGUUGCUGGAUCGAUGUGUGGGCGAGUGGCGCUCAUCACACUCACACGCCCAAUGGACAAGCUGAUGGGAUUGGAGCGAGGAUUUAAGAUCGAGGCAAUCUUACCAACGCGGGAGGACGAAGACGCGUGGCUGCGACCCUGCUGCCCAUUGUACGGUGUUGCCGUCGGGCCACUGCCAAUAGCUGCUGGAAAGCCUGACAGAAUCAGCCCGGCCAGACCUCGCAGAUUCCGUCUGAUGCUUCAGUACUAUGAUCACCGUAUUCUGAGCUAUGAGAUCAGUCGGGGCCCCGAGUCUGACAGUCUCAUGGUGAUUUAA